AUGACGAAUCUCGACCUUCUCCUUCUGAAAGGUCCGCCUGGUGGCGAUGUUUGCCGUGGUCUAGACGACCUCCGAUACAAUGUCCUUGUCAAUGGCAUCCCGGCGAACAGCGACGGCAUGUCCGAACUCCGCAUCUACAUUUGGCUCGUCUUCCUCUCCUCUCCACCUCUCAAAACCGACACCUACCUCGACCUCGUCCGCCAGGGCCCCUCCCCCGCCUACAACAAAAUCCGCAACGACACCUUCCGCACCCUCGCUACCGACCCCCUCUUUCGCCGCCGCGUCACUGAAAACAGCCUCACCCGUGUCCUCAACGCCAUCGCUUGGCGCCUCCACGAUGCGCACGAAGCGAAAGUCAACGGCUGGCAGUCGCCGCCCACCAUGUCCACCGCCGGGAGCAUCGACGGGCCGCCACGCACCUCGAUGUCCGCGCACUCUGUCUCCGGCGACACCACUGCAUCCCACGGCACGUCCACCACCAUCGGCUACGUCCAAGGCAUGAACGUCCUCGCUGCGCCCCUCCUCUAUGCUGCGCGCUCGGAAACUCAAGCCUUCGCCGCCUUCUCCACCCUCAUCUCCAACGAACUCCCCUCGUACAUCCUUCCGUCCAUGGACGGCGUGCACCGCGGGCUGCGGCUGGUCGACGAGAUCCUCAUGAUCGUGGACCCCAAGCUCGCGGCGUAUCUGCAGAGCAAGGGGAUGAGCGCGGAGAUCUACGGGUUCGCAAGCGUGUUGACCAUGUGCGCGUGCACGCCGCCAUUGCCGGAGGUGUUGGCGCUGUGGGAUUUUUUGUUCGCGUACGGGACGCAUUUGAAUCUGUUGUGUAUUGUAGCGCAACUGGUGUUGAUUCGGGAUCAGCUUAUGGAGGCGGCGAGUCCAAACCAGAUUUUAAGGUCGUUCCCUCCGUUGCAAGCGGCGAAGGUUAAGGCUAUUGCAAUUAGCUUCGUCCCGAAAAUCCCGGAGGAGCUUUACGGAAGGAUCGUCAGCCAUGCAAGGUAGUUGAAAGAGUACAUGUGUCUAAUGAGUUACGACUUGGAUGCGGCGAAUUGGAGAUUUGGAAUGUGCGAAUGAACCAUGGGGGAUGAUUGUAUGAAUAGUUAUGCCGGUCAAAAGAUGAGGUUACAUGAGAUUUACUAUUGGCUGAAUGAACAGACAGAAAGACUUUUCAACGCUUAAAUGGCUGAGAUUCAAGACCAAUACAUGAUCGAUAAAAUGUACAGCUGUGGCGUGAUAUCGUUCAUGUCGCCAACUUACU